CGGUGCCCCGUUACCGGCACCCAGGCCUGAAAAGGAGAGUUUGGAGCGGAGACACGUCCGGGCGGCGGCGGCUGCCUCAGGGAGAGUGCCUUUGCCCAGGCCGGGGGUACACGCCCAGCCCGCCCGACCUCGCGCCCCCGCCCAGCGCACCGCUCGGCGCCCCGUUUCCCUCCCGAUGCCGGCGGGCCCGGGAGCCUCGCGGACGUGACGCCGCGGGCGGAAGUGACGUUUUCCCGCGGUUGGACGCGGGGCUCGGUUGCCGGGCGGGGGAGGGCUCGUCCGGUUUUUCUCAGGGGACGUUCAAAUUAUUUUUGUAACGGGAGUCGGGAGAGGACGGGGCGUGCCCCGACGUGCGCGCGUCCUCCUUCCCCGGCUCUUCGCCACCAUUCACUGGCGCCUGCCCUGGGGGGGAGUCAUGCCGCCCAAAACCCCCCGGAGAGCAGCCGCCGCCGCCGCCGCCGCCGCCGCCGCCGCCGCCGCCGAACCCCCGCCGCCGCCGCCGCCCCCUCCCGAGGAGGACCCCGAGCAGGACAGUGGCCCCGAGGACCUGCCUCUGCCCAGGCUUGUGUUUGAAGAAACCGAAGAACCUGAUUUUACUGCAUUAUGUCAGAAAUUAAAGAUACCAGAUCAUGUCAGAGAAAGAGCUUGGUUAACUUGGGAGAAAGUUUCGUCUGUGGAUGGAGUAUUGGAAGGUUAUGUUCAAAGGAAAAAGGAGCUAUGGGGAAUCUGUAUCUUUAUUGCAGCAGUUGACCUAGAUGAGAUGCCAUUCACUUUUACUGAGCUACAGAAAAACAUAGAAACCAGUGUCUGCAAAUUCUUUGAUUUACUAAAAGAAAUUGAUACCAGUACCAAAGUUGAUAAUGCUAUGUCAAGACUGUUAAAGAAGUAUAAUGUAUUGUGUGCACUCUACAGCAAAUUAGAAAGGACAUGUGAACUUAUAUAUUUGACACAACCCAGCAGUUUGAUAUCUACUGAAAUAAACUCUGUGUUGGUGCUAAAAGUUUCUUGGAUCACAUUUUUACUAGCUAAAGGGGAAGUGUUACAAAUGGAGGAUGAUCUCGUCAUCUCAUUUCAGUUAAUGCUCUGUGUCCUUGACUAUUUUAUUAAACUCUCACCUCCUGCAUUGCUUAAAGAACCAUAUAAAACAGCUGUAAUACCUUUUAAUGGUUCACCUCGAACACCAAGGCGAGGUCAGAACAGGAGUGCACGGAUAGCAAAACAACUAGAAAAUGAUACAAGAAUUAUUGAAGUUCUCUGUAAAGAACAUGAAUGUAAUAUAGAUGAGGUGAAAAAUGUUUAUUUCAAAAAUUUCAUACCUUUUAUGAAUUCUCUUGGAAUUGUAGCUUCUAAUGGACUUCCAGAGGUGGAAAGUCUCUCUAAACAAUAUGAAGAGAUUUACCUUAAAAACAAAGAUCUUGAUGCAAGAUUAUUUCUAGAUCAUGAUAAAACUCUUCAGGCUGAUCCUGUAGACAGUUUUGAAAUGCAGAGAACACCACGAAAAAGUAACACUGAUGAAGAGGUGAAUGUGAUUCUUCCACAGACUCCAGUUCGGACUGUUAUGAAUACUAUCCAACAAUUAAUGAUGAUCUUAAAUUCAGCAAGUGAUCAACCAUCAGAAAAUCUGAUUUCCUAUUUUAAUAACUGCACAGUGAAUCCAAAGGAAAGUAUCCUGAAAAGAGUGAAGGAUGUUGGAUACAUCUUUAAAGAGAAAUUUGCUAAAGCUGUGGGACAGGGAUGUAUGGAAAUUGGAUCACAGCGAUACAAACUUGGAGUCCGAUUGUAUUAUCGAGUAAUGGAAUCCAUGCUUAAAUCAGAAGAAGAACGAUUAUCCAUUCAAAAUUUUAGCAAACUCCUGAAUGACAACAUCUUUCAUAUGUCUUUAUUGGCAUGCGCUCUUGAGGUUGUAAUGGCUACAUAUAGCAGAAGUACAUCUCAGAAUCUUGAUACUGGAACAGAUUUGUCCUUCCCAUGGAUUCUGAAUGUACUUAAUUUAAAAGCCUUUGAUUUUUACAAAGUGAUUGAAAGUUUUAUCAAAGCAGAAGCCAACUUGACCAGAGAAAUGAUAAAACAUUUAGAACGAUGUGAACAUCGAAUCAUGGAAUCACUUGCAUGGCUCUCUGAUUCACCUUUAUUUGAUCUGAUUAAACAAGCAAAAGACCGAGAAGGACCAGCUGAUCACCUUGAAUCUGCUUGUGCUCUCAACCUUCCUCUCCAGAGUAAUCACACUGCAGCGGAUAUGUAUCUCUCUCCUGUAAGAUCCCCAAAGAAAAAAGGAUCAACUAUACGUGUAAAUUCUACUGCAAACACAGAGGCACAAGCAAGCUCAGCCUUCCAGACUCAGAAGCCAUUGAAAUCUACCUCCCUUUCACUUUUUUACAAGAAAGUGUACCGACUAGCAUAUCUUCGACUAAAUACCCUGUGUGCACGCCUUCUGUCUGACCACCCAGAACUAGAACACAUCAUCUGGACCCUUUUUCAGCACACACUGCAAAAUGAGUAUGAACUCAUGAAAGACAGGCAUUUGGAUCAGAUUAUGAUGUGUUCCAUGUAUGGUAUAUGCAAAGUGAAGAAUAUAGACCUUAAAUUCAAAAUCAUUGUAACGGCAUACAAGGAUCUUCCUCAUGCUGUUCAGGAGACAUUCAAACGUGUUUUGAUCAGAGAAGAGGAGUAUGAUUCCAUUAUAGUGUUCUAUAACUCGGUCUUCAUGCAGAGACUGAAAACAAAUAUUUUGCAGUAUGCUUCUACCAGGCCCCCUACCUUGUCACCAAUACCUCACAUUCCUCGAAGCCCUUACAAGUUUUCUAGUUCACCUUUACGGAUUCCUGGGGGGAACAUCUAUAUAUCACCCCUGAAGAAUCCAUAUAAAAUUUCAGAAGGGGUGCCAACGCCAACAAAAAUGACUCCAAGAUCAAGAAUCUUAGUAUCCAUUGGUGAAUCAUUUGGGACUUCUGAGAAGUUCCAGAAAAUAAAUCAGAUGGUGGGUAACAGCGACCGUGUGCUCAAAAGAAGUGCUGAAGGCAGCAACCCUCCUAAACCAUUGAAAAAACUACGCUUUGAUAUUGAAGGAUCAGAUGAAGCAAAUGGAAGUAAACAUCUCCCAGGGGAAUCCAAAUUUCAACAGAAACUGGCAGAAAUGACAUCUACCCGAACACGAAUGCAGAAGCAGAAAAUGAACGAUAGCAUGGAUACCUCAAACAGGGAAGAAAAAUGAGGGUCCCAUGACCUCCGUGGGCACCGAGUACACCUCUGGCCUCAUGGUCUCUCACAGAUCCCACUGUGUGACUCUCCCAGGUUCCGUUUACGGCCGCAUUAAUACCUAUCUUCAGCUCUUCUGGUGGAUAUCCAGUGUGCGCACAGGCUUGCGUGUGGUGUGCGUGCAGGGGAUUCCUAAGCCACUUGCAAUGUCGUAGUCAGUAGAAUAUACUUGUUAUUGCACAAGAUUAAAAAUCUUGUGUAAAUACUGCCAUUUAAAUUUGUAGCGGAUGUUUCCAUUUCCAAAGUAUAAUUGCUCUGCUCUACAAAUGGGAAGGAUGCCCUGGGAGUGGUGGUCCGAACAACCCAGGCCUAUUUGAGUACUUUGUCUUUUCUUGUGGCAUAUAUGUGACGUUUGCUAUUAUUUUUAUUAAUUUAUAUUUAUAUAUUUUUUUUAAUUUAACAUGAACGCCCUUAGAAUAUGUGUCCUGUCUUCCAAAUGCAAUUUGGCUGACUACUCCCCCUUCGCCCAAAUGAUCCUGAACUCUUCUAAAACAGGUAUUAGAAACUAGAAAAAAAAAUCACUAAUUUUUACACAUUAGAUUUUUAGUUUACUAAUGGAAUCUGAUGUACUGUGUGCUUGUUUUAUAAAUUUUAGUUUUUAAACACAAGCAGAAAACAAAGUAUAAACAAAUGAUGUUGUCAUACUACUGAUACAGAUUUCAUACCUCAGGACUUGUAAGAAUUUAUUGAUUCUUUUCUUCAUCCAACCCAUGCUUUAAAAAUGAGGGUUAUUAAUAGUACUCUUGGUUUUUAUACCAUUCAGAUCACUGAAUUCAGGAAGUAACCAUCUAGUACUUGGAAAAUCAAGUGUUCAGCUAGAGCUUUGCUAGAGAGGGCCCUAAGACAGUAUAUCCCAAGUGCACUUUCUAAUGUUUCUGGGUCCUGAAGAAUCAAGAUAUAAAACAAUUUUAUUCCACAAACAGACUGUUAACUAUAGGAGCCUUAAUUUUUCUUUCUUAGAGGUUUGUCUAAUUGCAUCUCAGCAAUUAUUCUGCCCUCCUAAACUUGGGAAGGGGUUUUCUCUGGAAUUGUACAUGUCUUCCAUGUAUCUUUUGAACUGGCAAUUGUCUAUUUAUCUUUUAUUUUUUUAAGUCAGUAUGGUCUAACACUGGCAUAUUCAAAGCCACAUCAUUUCUACUCGAAAAUUGCAAGUAAUCAAAGGUCUUUGGGUUAGGCAUUCAUGUUUCUAUCUGGUUUUGUGCAAAAGCUUCAAAUGAAAACAGCUGUGUUAGAAAAAGAGGCGCUUUCCCCUGACACCUAAAGGUGUAUUUAAACUAUCUUGUGUGAUUAACUUAUUUAGAGAUGGUAUAAUUUAAAAUAGGUGAUAUUUAAGGUAGCAUCAGCUAGCUUUUAGGAAAAUCACUUUGUCUAAACUCAGAGUUCUUUUUAAAAAGAAAUCUGGUCUUACUUGUUAGAAAAUGAAAAUUUAUUUUGUGCUCAGUUAAGUUUCAAACUUAUUUUUGGCAGUUAUAACAAGGCACUAGGAAGCUUUCUCCCAUUUCCUCAUUAAUUUUUGCAUGAAUAUCAUAAAAAUCAGUUAGCUUUUAGGUCAAGGGCUACCAUAUUUCUGGAUUUUUUGCUAAUGAAAGCUCACGUUAGAGUUAGUGCCAGAAUUUUAGGAACUUCAGAAAUCCUGUAUUGAGAUUUCUUAAAUAAGUCUUCAGAUACUGCUUUUAUCGCUUUUUUGUAUUGGUUGAAACUGUACAUUUAAAAUUGCUAUGUUACUAUUUUCUACAGUUAAUAGUUUGUCUAUUUUAAAAUAAAUUAGUUGCUAAGAGUCUUAAUGGUCUGAUGUAUUCUUUGUAUCAAGUGCCUUAAUGUUCUCUUCUAUCUCUGAGUUCCCUUCUGGUGUCUCAUCCAUUCUUAACCUUUGAUUAGCUUCAUAUGCUGAUGAUCCCCAAAUUUAUUUCUCCAGCCUGACCGCUUCAUGGAGGUCAGAGCCCUCAUAGCCAAUAGAACUCUUGAGUCUCACUGUCUUCCCCCACCCCCUGAAUUCUCAAAAUAGAAACCAAAAUCAAACAAAAUACCUUGUUU